CUACGGCGGGCGGCAGAGACACUACUGGCAGCUUAGCAUAACGGUCCUGUGAUUGCUUGCGCUUCUUGAUUAUUGUAGCUCCGACACUGUCUGUUUCGACCACCACCACCUUGCAAGAGAAUCGAGACUGCUCUCCCGAAUCGGUUGGAGAUUUCAAUCUCGUUCCUAUCGUUUACGCCUUGUGCAUAUUCCCGCCGCCCCGUCCGCGCAAGGUUCAUAGACGAGUUGUCCUCUGUUUCUGCCACGACCACCAGCUAGCUGUACAGUCGACAAAAUGGCGGAAAGCGAAUAUGCCCCAAAUUUUGCACCAUUUUUCUCCUUUGCAGGAGUAGCAGCGGCAAUGAUAUUUGGAACAAUGGGCGCGGCUUAUGGUACUGCAAAGUCCGGCAUUGGUAUUGCUGGGGUCGGACAAUACAGGCCAGAUCUGAUUAUGAAAUCGUUAAUUCCCGUUGUCAUGUCUGGUAUUAUUGCGGUAUACGGCUUGGUCAUCGCAGUGCUUAUUAGCGGGGCGUUAAAUCCGCCUCCACAACAAAACACCAGUCUUUACACGAGCUUUAUGCAUCUCGGAUCGGGUCUUUCGGUUGGGCUGGCUGGAGUAGCAGCCGGAUAUACUAUUGGAAUUGUGGGAGAAGCUGGUGUUCGGGUAUACAUGCAGCAAUCAAGAGUCUAUGUUGGAAUGAUCCUGAUCUUGAUUUUCGGUGAAGUACUUGGGCUUUAUGGAUUGAUUGUCGGUCUUAUUCUCAACUCCCGCAGUGGUGGUUAAAUAUGUUCCAUAAUAAUCAAUAUCACGACGAAGGGGUGAAUGGCAGCAAGGAUAUACAGCGCCAACCUCAGCUGCCUCAUGGAUACACCAACACAGGCAUCUGCUAAAACAUGAGACAAUCAUUUUUUCUUUUUCUUGUGGGGUCUGUUCGGUCCUGUUAGGCAAUGCAGUCGGCACAUCAGCAGCCGUCGGCCGUCUUGGGGCGGUACAUGUAUACCAAUCUAGAUUAAUUCAGGUACCCUCAUAAAUUGUACGAAUAUAUAAACACAGACAUUUCUAUCUAUCUA